UCUUGCUGUCAAACGUCAUUUGUUUUCUUUCAGAAUUAUUUUGGAACAAAAACAUUCGUUUCCGAUCUAAAUCUGUUUUCAUCUUGAAUUAGUGAAGUGAUAUUUACGUGAAAAAUGGCUCUGUUCCCCGGAGCCGUCGCGUUCGACGAAUAUGGACGCCCAUUUAUCAUAUUGCGGGACCAGGAUAGACAAAAACGGCUUACCGGUCUUGAUGCUUUGAGAUCACACAUCUCAGCGGCGCGACAGAUUGCUGGCAUCCUCCGCACAUCUCUCGGCCCCCGUGGCCUGGACAAGAUGAUGGUGUCCCCCGACGGCGAGGUCACGGUCACCAACGACGGCGCCACGAUCUUGAAGCUGAUGGAUGUGGAGCACCAGAUCGGCAAGCUCAUGGUGCAGCUGGCUCAGAGUCAGGAUGAUGAGAUUGGAGACGGAACUACUGGUGUUGUGGUUCUUGCUGGCGCCCUCCUCGAGCAGGCCUCCAACCUCCUCGACAAGGGCAUUCACCCGAUCCGCAUCGCCGACGGCUUCGAAAUGGCGGCCGCCGCAGCCCUGGCCCACCUUGACUCCAUCAGCGAGGCAUUCCCAGUCAACAAGGACACCAGGGAUAACCUCAUCAAAGUGGCCAUGACUACGCUCGGCAGCAAAGUUGUUGUCAAGUGUCAUAAGUUGAUGGCGGAAAUCGCUGUGGAUGCCGUGCUAUCAGUGGCGGAUCUCGAGAAGCGCGACGUAAACUUCGAGCUGAUCAAAGUGGAAGGCAAGGUUGGUGGUCGCAUGGAGGAUUCCCUGCUGGUCAAGGGAGUGGUGAUAGACAAGACCAUGAGCCACCCGCAGAUGCCUAAAGUUCUUAAGAACGCGAAACUCGCCAUCCUCACCUGCCCGUUCGAGCCCCCGAAGCCCAAGACCAAGCAUAAGCUGCAAGUCGGCUCAGCGGACCAGUAUCGCGAGCUCCGCGCCUACGAACAUGAUAAGUUCCUCGAGAUGGUGCGACGUGUCAAGGAUACUGGAGCGACAUUGGCCAUCUGCCAAUGGGGCUUCGACGACGAGGCCAACCACCUUCUCCUUGCCGAGGGUCUGCCCGCCGUCCGCUGGGUCGGAGGACCUGAGAUGGAGCUGAUAGCUAUCGCUACUGGAGGCAGGAUUGUGCCGCGCUUCGAGGAACUUACUCCGGAGAAGCUUGGAAAGUGUGGCCUGGUUCGUGAACUAGCCUUCGGCACAUCCAAAGAGGAGAUGUUAGUGAUCGAGGAGUGCAGCAACUCCCGCGCCGUCACCCUGCUCAUGCGCGGAGGCAACCGUAUGAUCGUCGAGGAGGCCAAACGUUCAGUACAUGAUGCGCUUUGCAUUGUGCGCAGUUUAGUCCAGGAUUCUCGCGUGGUAUACGGCGGAGGCGCCGCCGAGAUCUCAUGUUCUCUGGCCGUCGCACGCGCAGCUGAGAGCAUCUCGUCUUUAGAUCAGUACUCGUUCCGCGGCUUCGCUGACGCGCUGGAAGCCAUCCCACUCGCUCUCGCAGAGAACAGCGGGCUGUCGCCCAUCGACGCGUUGUCGGAGGUGAAGGCGCGGCAGGUGUCCGACAAGAACGCCAACCUCGGCAUCGACUGCAUGGGCAAGGGUACAAACGACAUGAAGGCAACGAAUGUGAUCGAAUCCCUUCACUCUAAGAAGCAGCAGAUCGCGCUCGCCACCCAGCUCGUUAAGAUGAUACUCAAGAUUGACGAUGUCAGGUCUCCGGCUGACUCCAUCCAGUAAACCCUCUUCUGAUCACUGGGAUUGCAAGCCAAUCCCACUUCUGAACCACGAGGAUUACAAGCCAAUCCCAAUCUGAACCACUAGGAUUACAAUCCAAUCCCACUUCUGAACCACUAGAAUUGCAAGCAGAUGCCACUCUGAACAACUAGGAUUACAAGCCAAUAAUCGCACUUCUACAAGCCUACAACACCCUAGAAGGCUAAUUCCAUCAAACAUCGCUUGUUCACCUUAAAAAAAAGGGUAAUAUUCUAGAGCCACUCCUAAUGUUGAUGGAAGUAUGAGGGACUUAAAUAUAUAUGAAUUUUACUAAUCGGUUUCUAUGAGUCUGCGACUCAUAUUAAAAUCUGCAAUGUUUUAAGUUUUAAUACUCGCAUCGCAGUAUUUUUGCGUAAAUAUCUGUAGAUUUUAUAUUAAGUUUUUAUUGUCGAAGACAGGUUAGACUUGCACCAUUCAGAACGCUAGGCAUCAUCUUGUAAUGUUGCUUUUCUGUAUUAAUAUUUUUAUAUUGUGUAGCGAAACGCUACUACAUCUGUCGUAGUUCUGUGGAACUACCGCCUUUCAUCUCCCUACCAAACAAACAACAAAACAAGAAGACUAACCCAAAAAACAAAAAAAACUUAAUGCUAAGCCCAAAAAAUAUAACAUAAGGUGCAUAUUUGCGCAUAUUUUGAAUUUAAAUUUUUAUGGAAUAUUCGAGAAAGAAAAGAUUGAAGUUGUUUUUAGGCAGAUGGAUUGUGAUUUUUGAGUUGAAAAGUCGGUUGUGUUCCCGGGUUGUUUUAACCAGAUUUGUAAUUGUAACCAGUUUGAUAAUUAACACGAAGUUUUUAAAGUGCGCGUAAAUCCACGGGAGGAGAGGUUCCUCGUAAACAGUUGGCCACCAAAGCCGUGCGUAGAUCGGCGCCAGGGAGGAGAGGCUCCUCGCAAACAGUUGGCCACCAAAGCCGUGCGUAGAUCGGCGCCAGGGAGGAGAGGCUCCUCGAAACAGUUGGCCACCAAAGCCGUGCGUAGAUCGGCGCCAGGGAGGAGAGGCUCCUCGUAAACAGUUGGCCACCAAAGCCGCGCGUAAAUCGGCGCCAGGGAGGAGAGGCUCCUCGCAAACAGUUGGCCACCAAAGCCGUGCGUAGAUCGGCGCCAGGGAGGAGAGGCUCCUCGUAAACAGUUGGCCACCAAAGCCGUGCGUAGAUCGGCGCCAGGGAGGAGAGGCUCCUCGUAAACAGUUGGCCACCAAAGCCGCGCGUAAAUCGGCGCCAGGGAGGAGAGGCUCCUCGCAAACAGUUGGCCACCAAAGCCGUGCGUAGAUCGGCGCCAGGGAGGAGAGGCUCCUCGUAAACAGUUGGCCACCAAAGCCGUGCGUAGAUCGGCGCCAGGGAGGAGAGGCUCCUCGUAAACAGUUGGCCACCAAAGCCGUGUGUAGAUCGGCGCCAAGCACUAAUGGAGUGAAGAAGCCCCAUCGUUACCGCCCCGUCUGCUGCCUGCCAUUCGCGCUCGCCAGGAAGCGAGUGAGGUUUACCUCGUCGGCCUGUUUGAAGACAAGGCGGUAGUUCCACAGAACUACGACAGAUGUAGUAGCGUUUCGCUACAAUUGGUAAUACAUAUAUUUAUGCUGGUCAAUUGUUUUAAAUUUUCAUGUUUUUUGGAGUUGUAAAAAUAAAUGUUCAUAAUAAUACCUUCUACAGUUGUCUAAUGACAUGAGGACUUCAAGGUUUUCUCGAGGUUGACAUAUUAGCAGUGUUAUAAUGGCUCAUUAUACAACUCUAGAUUUUAAUGAAUGUAUUUGCUGUGUCAUCACACUAUUACCACACAUGUCUCAAUUCACUAAUUCGUAUUUUAGGUUAUUCGAGUUCAGUAUGCUAGUUUAAGUUAUUAAUGCAUUUUAUUGAACGAGGUACGUGCGUAUCUCAAGCCUUAUUGCACUAAUAAAAAUAAUAAAAUGAA